AUGCCACCUGCAAAGAAGCUGACACAGGCGCAGAAGGAAAUUCUAGCGCUCUAUCGACGAGGACUUCGCAUCAUCAAAACCAAAGAGCAGGAACAUCGACGAGACUUUACCAUCUACCUUCGCUACUUCUUCAAGCAUCCAUCGUGGGGAGGCGGUCUGAAGCGACGCGACUUUGCCCAAAUCGAGUACAUGCACCGCAAGACGUCGAGAUUGCUAGACACCACUUUCGAGCCCAAGUCGGUCAAGCACAUCAAUCUCCCGAAGGACAUCGAGAAGGAUAUGCAGGAGCUAGGGCAAGCGCACUGGAGACGAGCGUUCCGUGACGCUAGCUCAAGCUCGUCUUCCACAGCAACAACCUCUUCAUCCUCAAUACCUCCAUAG